CACAAACAAGCGAUCGUUGGAUCGACCAGCACUGCAGCAGCGCAGCGGCGGAUGACGCCUGGAACGGGCUUCGCCGUCCUCCGGCCGCCUCAGCCGCGGCGGCGGCUGCUGGCCUGCGGGUUGACCAUGAGCUCAUAUUCAAUUCAGUUUGGAAUCAGCUCUCCAUUCUUCGCACAGGUGACCGUGAAGCCUACGGUAGUUCUUCCUGGAUGCUAUGAUUGCAGUAGAAGGUUGGACUCCUUGCAAGCAGGGGCACGUGCGAGAAGCAGUGGGCCGGCGGCGGGACAUGUGAGCGUCCCGAGCGAGAUGGGAGACGGCCAUGCAUGGGAGGUAACAGCAUCGGUGUUGGAGGCGAUUUGUUUCGCAGGCACUGACGACGCGCCGGCUUGUUGAUGGGCCCACUUGUGGGACGCCGUUUUUGAAUGAGCUGAAGCACGCCACGCCACCACUCCAUGCGUGUAAAGAAAACGCAAGCACUGUGACAGUCAGGUGGCAAUCUUCCAUUCGUGAGUAGCAGUAAACAGGAGCAGAGGCUCCCCUAGACCUUGAAAUUUUUCAGCGAUAUAGAUUUACAUAUAAAAGACACUUCUGAUUUUGGAGUGUGGAAUGACUGUUUAGUAUAUUGAGAUUGGUGCUUGACUUAGAACUAGAAAAAUGCUGGGCCGUUUGGCGCCCUCUGAGAGGCCCGUCACGGACGUAUAGAUUCAUGUAUAUAAAAUUUUAUUGCGGGCUCGAUCAAAUUUGAUUUGGGUUCUUAAA